AUGGUAUAUGCUCCACAGCGGCGUCAUGCCGUGGCUUCUAUGUCAACGACAUUGCAAGCGCUCGCGUUGGUGCAGCACUUCUACGCCCCCAACAUGCUCGUGCUACUAUGCCGCGUCUUCUCUUUGAUUCACAUUCGAGCACCACCCGUGAUUCAGCCGACCCGGUCGCUGUUCUCCCUAUGGUUCUUAGUGGCAACUACAAACCUCGCUGCCGUCUUCUUCCACUUAAUGGGUGACGGGGAAGGUGGUUACGAUACCAAGGGGUUGAUGCUCGAUUUUGUGGGGCAAUCAAACCCUUCCUCCCUUACCCGCGUCCUCAUCCUCGAUCUCGCCAUCUUCCUCCUGCAGCUUGUGACCUUGAUCGUGUGCUACGUUGUCAACUACACACCGACGCUGCCCAAGACUGACAUCUUCCUCUACGACGACCUCCUUCUGCCGCCAGAGGCACCCGCCAGGGCCGUGGCCGAGGAUGAUCUGGAUGUUGAGAGUGGCGACCAGUUACGGCAACGUCGUCACGGGAAGGGACCACGAUACCAGAACGUUGCUACUGGCGACACCUCGUCAUGGCCUGAGGAUGAAGGAGAAGACCCGACAGGAAGGUCAUCCGCCCGUUCGCCGGUUAGGGCUUCCACUCCGAUUCGACGCGGACGCUCUGGGGUCCCUCUUGUGUUCAACAUUCCACUCGCCCACAUGCUGAGCCUCAUCUUUCGGCUGCCAGGCCCUUCGCCGAUGAGUGUUGCCUCGGGCGGCACGCCUCUCACCUCACCGCCAACCUCACCCCGCAGCGUGCAGGACGAGUUGGCGCUGCUCACAGCUGCUGUCACGCAGGCCGCAGUUCAACGCGACUCGCGGCCUUCGGGUGCGACGACAGGAAGCAGCAGCAGAUCACCAACAGAGUCGCCGGCUGGCAGCUCGGAAGGCUCAGGACGAAGAUCCGAGCCGGACGAAGAUGAUACGGAUCGGAUACCUGGGGAUUAUUGGACGUCUAGAGCUCGUUAG